CCAAUAGCAGAAAGUGACAUUGUGGGAAUUGAAGGACUCCGCUGGCGGCUGCCAGGAUGGCGGGGUCCCUGCAGCUAGUGACCAGCAGGUUGUGCUUUGCCGCCCGGCUCCUUCGUGCCAGAGGCGGCACUGGCGCAACCUCAGGACUCCGGCGUGCAAGUGGAGGUGUACAUAUUGAGCCUCGCUACCGCCAGUUCCCAGAGGUGACACAGUCCCAAAAGAUCAAGGCUGAACUGCUCAGUAGUUUUAUGUGGUUCUGGAUCCUGUGGAACUUCUGGCAUGAGCCUGAUACUGUGCUGGGUCACUUUCCUUAUCCAGAUCCUUCCAAGUGGACUGACGAAGAGCUAGGAAUCCCUCCUGAUGAUGCAGAGUAGAUGUGAAUAGUUUGUUCCAAAAUUUGAGAAGAAAUCAACAGAAAUAAAUGCUUCAACUUGAAAUUCAAAUUGCAAAUAAAGCUAACAAAAGCCAGAUCAAAA